AAUGUAGAUAAGAUGUACUUAAGCAGAUCAUCAAAAUGAAUAAAUAAUAGGGUUUUGUAUAGAUAGUAAAUGCCCAAAUUAAAGACCUUAUUGUCAUUUUUGCUUGCAGAGCCACUCUUAACAUCUUAAUAAUGUAACAAAUUUCGGACUUCUAUCUGAAUGGAUUAAGUAAAGAACCCUUAAUAUUCAGAAUGUUUAAAAAAAUAUUUAAGACUCUAAAAUUGCCUUUGAUUGUCUUAUAAAGUUGUUCCUUCCUUAUGAUAACUUAAAUAAUUAAUAUUUACAAGAAUUAGGAAUAUCACAGAUUGACUAAUUAAUAAAAGGUCUAUGCCAAAUGGAAGAAUGCGAAGAGAGGUUAUUUAAACAACUUAAUCAAUCAAUCGAAUAAACAAAAUCGAUUAUAGAUGAAAUACUAAAAAAAAUUAAGAAUCAAACUAAUAUAAAGUAAACUGAUAAUUAAGAAAUUCCACCUUCCAAAAUAAGUGAAUAGAUUUAACAAAUACCGAAAAAAAAAUUAAUCACAAAACCAAAUCUAAAUCCAUUCACCUUUGACCUCAUGAAAUAAAAUUCAAUUAAAUAAGAUGAAUAGUGUCUUGCUAUUGCUAUUAAUCAAGAUAACUCAGUUGUAGUUGCUGGAUGUAAUAAGGAUAUUAAAGUAUUUCAACUUUAAUAAGAGAAGCUGAAUUAAAUAUAAUUCUUAAGUGAACAUACAGGGGAAGUAAAAACUUUAAAUUUUAUGAAAAAUACAAAUAAUUUUGUAUCUGGAAGUUCAGAUAGUUUAAUUAUAAUAUGGUAGUUGAUUGGAAAUAAUUAAUGGUAAUGCUAAUAAAAAUUGAUUGGACAUUAAUAAAGUAUACAGUGUUUAUUGUUGAACAAUACAGACGAUCUAAUUAUCUCUGGGAGUUUUGAUAAAACAAUAAAAUUUUGGAUGAAAUAGGAUAAAUGGUUGUGUUAAUAAACUAUAAAUAACCAUACUUGUUAGGUAUAUUCAUUAAGCAUAAAUGAACAAUAAAAUAAAGUGAUAUCUUGUUCAUUUGAUUAAAAAAUAUUAGUAAUAGAAUAAUAACAAUUGGAUAAAAAAUGGGACGUUGUAUAAACAAUAAAUUCAUUAGGAUUCAGAUUAUGUUUUAUUAGUGAUAAUUACUUUACCUUUUAAUCAAUUUGUAAAGAUUUUAUGCAUGUAUAUGAGAUGAAUAGAUUUGCUAAAGAGUAUCUUAAGAAUAAGGAAAUUCAUGUAAAAUGCGGCUCAAUGGAUGAUUGUUGUUUAUUUCCUUAAUAAUACUUAAAGUCAAAAUGCCUCCUUGUGAAUAAGAAUGGCAAGAAUGUUAAUUUAAUGAGAAAUAAAGGAAAUGGUGACUUUAGUACAUAAUAAUCAAUUGACUUUGGUACUUAGAUGAUUUAUGGAUAAUUAAGUGAUGACUGUGAGUAUUUGAUUACAUGGGAUGAUAAAUCUAAGGAAAUAUAAAUUAGAAAGUGCAGAGAAUUAUGAGU